AUGAAUAGAUAUUUCUUUGAACUUGUUAAAAAUCCAUUGUUGGUUGACCAAUCAUUACAACGUCAAAAGAAAUUUCAAAAUCCACUUCCAUUUUAUCCUUUACUAUUCUCUCAUAUGUUAAUUAGUUACUUUAGUAAAAGUUUAAUUUCACCAAUUUAUUAUUCAAACUAUUUAGAAUUUGAAAGUUUUUUUGGUUUUGAUCAAAGGAAACAAAAAUUUGAAUGUCAUAAUCCCCAAUUCUAUGAAAAAUUUCAAAAUACUUUUGAAAAUAUCACUAAAAUAAAAAAUGAUAAAUUAACAAAAUAUCAAAAAUCACAAUUAACUUUUCAACCAACAAUUAAAUUUCAUUUUAGUAAAGACAUUGAUGAUCCUUUUUGUCAUAUUAGUCAUGAAGUUCUUUUAGGUGAAAACAACAACAACAACAACAACAAUAACAAUAACAACAACAACAGCAGCAACAAUAUCAAUAAUAACAACAACAAUAGAUAUGUCAUUACCAAUUUUAAAAAAGUUAAAUCUAUUCCACUUGGAGCUUUCUGUUUCGAAAGUUUUGAUUUAGUUAGAAGAGAGAAAAGUCUUCAAGAUAUUAAUGAUUUCACAAAUAAUGUUUUCCUUAAAAAAGUUUAUAAUAAUAAUAAUAAUAAUAAAAAUUAUUAUAAUAAUAAAAAUAAUAGUAUUAAUAAUAAAAAUAAUAAUAAUAAUAAUAUUAAUAACAAUAAUAAUAAUAUUAAUAAUAGUAUUAAUAAUAAUAAUAAUAUUAAUAAUAGUAUUAAUAAUAAUAAUAAUAAUAAAAAUAAUAAUAAUAAUAAUAAUAAUAAUAAAAAUAAUAAUAAUAAUAAUAAUAAUAAUAAUAAUAAUAAUAAUAAUAAUAAUAAUAAUAAUAAUAAUAAUAAUAAUAAUAUUAAUAAUAGUAUUAAUAAUAGUAUUAAUAAUAAUAUUAAUAAUAGUAUUAAUAAUAAUAUUAAUAAUAUUAACAAUAAUAAUAAUAUUAAUAAUAUUAACAAUAAUAAUAAUAUUAAUAAUAGUAUUAAUAAUAAUAGUGUUUCUGGUAUUCGUCCCAAUAUUUUAAUUAGUAAAAAUUCAUUCAAAUUUAAGAAUAAUACUAAUAAUGAUAAUAAUAAUAUUAUUAUUAAUAAUAAUAAUAAUAAUAAUAAUAUUAAUAAUAAUAAUAUUAAAAAUUAUGGUACUAUUUCAAAUUCACUCUAUUCACAAAAAUCAAUUAAUAAUAACUUUAAAAAUAUUAUUUUCAAUAUUGGUUUUAAAUCUUUAAAAUUGGUCAAAAAAUUAAAUAAAUAA